GCUACAGAGCUCCUGUGUCUCAGAACACGCCCCGUAUGUUAAUAAAAGUCACUUUUGAAUGAAACAAUCCAGGAAUUGUUAGAGGAAACAGCGGGGUGACGGGGCCUGGAGAGCGGCAGUCAUGGAGUCAAAGCGACAAAGCGUUCUGAUGGAGCGCCUGGUGAAUGAACUGAGUGUUUUGUUGAAAAUGUUGGACCAGGAAGCAGUGAGUCCAGCCACAGCAGACAAGAUGAACUCUGUACGAAACCUCCUGGAGUCGGUGCAGCUGUCCGUCAAUGGCUCAGACGUCUACAUGAACAGCUGUCUCUAUGGAAACGGCACAAGCUUCGUGGAGUCGCUCUUCGAGGAUUUCGACUGUGACUUGCUCACUCCCUCCCCCAUCGACCUUUUAAAAGAGGAAGAGGAGAAGACUCAUCCAAAUAAAUCCACUCCCACCGAUACCCCCCCUCCUCUACCCACCACUCCUGUUCCCGAUGACUACUACGAAGAGGCCGUCCCCCUUGAGCCCGGCUCCAACCCACAGUACUUCACCACCAACAUGCUCACUUCGAGGAACUCUGAGGAGGAUGCUUACUAUGAGGACGCAGACAACAACUACCCCACCACCAGGAUGAACGGGCCCCCAAAAAACUCAUAUAAUGACUCAGACGCACUCAGCAGUUCCUAUGAGUCGUACGAGGAGGAAGAAGAGGAGGCCAAAGGGCGAGAAAGACCCCAAACAUGGACGGCGGAGGAGAGUCCAGAGGAGCCGGUGAGAGACUGCAGGAUCUGUGCCUUCCUCAUGAGAAAGAAGCGCUUCGGACAGUGGACCAAACAGCUGGUGGUGGUCCGGGAUAAUAAGCUACAGUGUUUUAAAAGUAUCAAAGAGAGCACACCGAACACAGAGCUCCCAUUGAGCCUAUGCAACGUCAUCUACGUCCCGAAGGAGGGACGCAAAAAGAGGCAUGAACUUCGCUUCUCUCUGCCCGGGGGGGAGGCUUUGGUGCUGGCUGUGCAGAGCAAAGAGCAGGCCCAGCGCUGGCUCAAGGUGGUGAAGGACGUCGGCAGCCAGUGUAGCAACACAGACAACCUGGAUGGCUCCACAUCGCCGAUUAUACAGAGGAAACUGGAGAUAGACAAGGUGAUGCUUUCAGACAAACAGGCCUCCGACUCAGACAGCGGCCCCACGGGAGACAGUCAAACCCUGGGACCGGGCCGGGACAACAGCACAGACUCACUAAACAGGGGGAAGAGAGGAGCCUUCUCUGAGCUCACUGGGUCCAUGAGUCGAGCAGCGGGGAGGAAAAUUAAUCGGAUUAUCACCUUCUCCAAACGCCGACCGCCCCCCGGAGACCCCCCCUCCUCUGCCACGGGUCACCAUGACAACCCCCGCUGUGGUUAUCUGAGUACAUGUGUGAACUGCGUGUGGAGGGAGCGCUGGUGUAUACUGCGUGGAGGUAAACUGUACUUCUACAGAGAUCCGGGGGACAGGGCAGCCCCGGUGCAAGUGGUUCCUCUGAAGGGGGCAGAGGUGGUGCCUGGAGGCCUCGGGCCCAAACACCCCUUCUCCUUCCGCAUCCUGCAGUCAGGCAGCGAGCUGGCUUCACUCGAGGCCAGCUGCUCUGAGGACCUGGGGCGUUGGCUGGGCGUGUUAUUUGCAGAGACAGGGAGGUCCACUCUGCCAGAGGAGCUGCACUAUGACUACAUCGACGUGGACACGUUAACAGACAUACGGCACGCAGCCCGCCACUCCUUCCUGUGGGCGACCAACGCUGCAGCUUCAUCCAGCAGCGCUUCCACAGACUCGCGCACGUAUGACGAGGUCUACGAGAGCAUCGAGGACGCAGACAGAGGUGCUCAGGUGAGACGCACUGCCUCUUUUUCCUCCAGAGGCUCCGAGAAGACCGAGCAGCAGGCGACCAUCAAGAGACACGCCUCCAAUGUGAACCAGUACGGCCGCUACGGUAAAAUGCGUGCGGAGGAGGACGCGCGGCGCUUCCUCCUUCAGAAAGAGGAGCUGGAGAAGCAGAAAGAGGUUCUGAAACAAGCCCUGGCCGUUCUGCGCCGAGACAAGAGAGAGGUCAAAGAGGAGCUGAAGGCCGGCCCUGUGCCCACGUUGGAGCAGCGUUUGUCCGAUCUGGAGACUCAGCUGAAGCAGAAGGAGGAGGAGCGAGUGGAGUUGGAGCUGAAACUCACCGAAGUGAAAGAGAAUCUCAAGAAAUCAUUGGCUCGUGUAUCUUCAGCCCCGCCCCCUGACAACAAGACCGCUGCCAAGGCACAAAGCAGUAAACCUGAGAGGAUCUAUAAUGAAUCACUACCGGUGAAUUCAGCCUCUGAGCUCCGCAAACGUCCUCCAUCCAUGUACGCCUCAUCCAAGGGCAACGUCAUGCAGAAAGCCAAGGAAUGGGAAUCAAAGAAGACCACCUGAUGACAAAACAAUUGGAUGCAUUGGUUGAAAGCAAAACUGGACUCAAAUAUGGCAAAAUAUUAAGUUGGCUCAAAGUGAAAGAGAAGAUGGCAAAGAAAAGAUUGAUUACCAAAAAAGUGUAAAGGUGGAUUCUGGUGCUGGUGUGGUCCACAGUAAAAUUACCAAAUCAGUGUUUUUGAAUUUGUGUUUACAUUGAAGGCUGUUGAAUGUCUGUAAUAAUUUUAAGCCAAAGGGAGAGAAGACUUUAAAAAUGAAUUAUUUGAUGGACAAUGUAAAGAUUAUAUUAUGUGAUUUUUAUAUUCAGUAUUGAGUGAAAUAUCCCAUUUUGUGAACCACUGAAAGCACAUAAAGUUUGACACUGAAUAUGAAAUUAUAAAUGUUUAUUAUUGUUACAAUGUGAAGCUGAACAUGUCAGGAGUCCACAGUUACUACGAUGUGUGUGUUUCAUAGUUGACUUUUGCACUUUAUCAUUUUGUAAAUUACAUAAAUUAAAAAGUUUAUGUCCACU